AAGAGCUCAGGCGCGUAAAUAGAAAGUGAGGACUCUGGGGAGUGGGUAGAGCGUCCCGCAUCCCCCGAGGAUUGUUGAAGUACAGUGCUGGGGACUUGUUUUGAUGCCCUGAUGCCUAAGUGUUUUUGGAUGGCACUGUGUGUGAGGACUCCAGCUGUUCUGAUGAUAGCCUAAGAAGAUUGCACGCUGUUCCCUCUCAGCGCCAAGCCAGGCCCAUUUGGAACCUUGGCUCUUGGACCUUCAUGGAGACCAGCUCCUGGCAGGAAACUGGCACCCCGAUGGUUCCUCCAUGUGAAGUUGUCUCUGGCUGUGGGCUGACUAGAGGACACCUGGUGGCCAGGCCAGCCCUUUGUCGGUCAUCCAGGUCGGGGCAGCAUGGUGCGGAUUCAGAGGAGGAAGCUUCUGGCCUCUUGCCUGUGUAUGACAGCGACUGUCUUUCUGAUGGUCACACUCCAGGUAGUGGUUGAGCUUGGGAAAUUUGAAAGGAAGAAGCUUAAAGACUCCAAUGUGCAAGACGGACAUAGAGAUGUGGAGGGGGAGCCUAAACACCUGAAACCAUUUCCUGAAAAGGAAGCACUGGCCUUGGCUGGGAGGCCCAAGGUGGAUGCUGGUAGCUACCCCAUCGUGCUGUGGUGGUCCCCACUGACUGGAGAGACUGGCAGGCUCGGCCAGUGUGGGGCAGAUGCUUGCUUCUUUACCAUCAACAGGACCUUCCAGCAUCAUCCGAUGACCAAGGCCUUCCUAUUCUACGGUACUGACUUUAACAUAGACAGCUUACCUUUGCCUCGGAAAGUCCACCAUGACUGGGCCCUUUUCCAUGAAGAGUCCCCCAAAAACAAUUAUAAGCUCUUCCAUAAACCAGUCAUCACCUUAUUCAACCAUACGGCCACGUUCAGCAGGUAUUCCGACUUGCCACUGACUACGCAGUACCUGGAAGGCGUGGACGUCCUGAAGUCACUCAGAUACCUAGUUCCUUUACAGUCUAAGAACAACCUAAGACAAAAACUGGCCCCAUUGGUAUAUGUUCAGUCGGACUGCGAUCCACCAUCAGACAGGGACAGCUAUGUCCGGGAGCUGAUGGCGUACAUUGAAGUUGAUUCCUAUGGCGAGUGUUUACAGAACAGAGAUCUUCCUCAGCAGCUGAAAAACCCCGCCUCCAUGGAUGCUGAUGCUUUCUACAGAGUCAUUGCCCAGUAUAAGUUCAUCCUGGCCUUUGAGAAUGCGGUCUGUGAUGAUUAUAUCACAGAGAAGUUCUGGAGACCACUGAAACUGGGGGUCGUGCCUGUGUAUUACGGAUCCCCCACUAUCUCCGACUGGCUUCCAAGUAACCGAAGCGCCAUUCUGGUAUCGGAAUUCUCUCACCCCAGAGAGCUGGCGAGCUUCAUUAGGAGACUGGAUUAUGACGAUGGGUUGUAUGAGACCUAUGUAGAGUGGAAGCUAAAGGGCGAGAUCUCUAACCAGCGGCUUCUGACAGCUCUCCGGGAACGGGAGUGGGGUGUGCAGGACAUUAACCAGGACAACUACAUUGACACGUUCGAGUGUAUGGUGUGCCGCAGGGUGUGGGCAAACAGUAGGCUACAGGAGCAGGGCUUACCACCCAAACAAUGGAAGGCAGAUGUUAGCCACCUGCAUUGCCCAGAGCCUACCUUGUUCACCUUCUCAUCUCCAGCUUCUCCGGCCCUACGUGGGAGAUCGUUGCGAGAGCUGUGGCUACCUAGCUUUCAACAGUCUAAGAAAGAAGCCCAGGCACUGAGGUGGCUGGUGGAUAGGAAUCAAAAUUUUUCAUCUGAAGAGUUCUGGGCUCUAGUAUUCAAGGACUAAUUUUAAAAGGUACUAGACUAACAGAGUAAGCUUAAUUCUCUUGGUGGCCUUAAUAUUUGAAGAUGAAAGAUGAUGGCUAUUCUACUGAGUAUCCUAUAGGAUAAUGAAGUCAUUGUAGCAGUUCUCACACAGAGCCCUGGCAAGUAGUAGCUGAGAAUGACCUCUGGGGGUUGCUUCUGUAUUUUUAUACUAAAAAAGGAGUAGGCUUUUUAAAAUGGACAUUGGUUGUCUUCAGGUGAUGCAUUUGGACCCAGGUACUGGCUGUCUUCUGUGGAAACCGACUUGAGCCUUCCUUGCUACACAUUAUCUAGCUGUGAGUUGUGUGACGCCCACCUCCCUGUUAGCGGCUCCUUGGUCUGCAGCAAAGCCCAGUUUGUUGAAUGAAUGAACCGCAUUAGAACUUGGCAGUGAGAGACUCCAUCUGUUGUUCUUGGGGACGUGAGUGAGUAAGAAAAGCACUGUCAAGCUCCUCUGCUCCCCAAGUACAAAAAACCGGGACCCGUGCGUGUCUUCCUUCCUCUCCACACCUGCAAGCCACCUCGACAGUCCUGCCUAUAUUUACUUCACCUGUGCCCUCCUCUCAUUUCCCCUUGAAGGGGAAUUUUUUUAUAAAGACGUAACUUCUCCUAGUUUCUCCAUCAGUGAGAGGUCACUCAUUAUUUCUUAUGCUACAGAGGUGGAAGAGGAAAAAUGGUCAGUCUCAUGGCAACCAGCCAUUUGUUUUGAUCAAGUUGUGGGAUGAGAAUGCCCUGGGCUCUCCUCUGGUUUGAAGCCGAUUGCUCUGAGAGUGAUGGAUACAGCCUGUCACGGAAGGCAGGCAGGCAGGCUGCUGUGGAGUAUUUCCUAAUUUCUAAGGCUGCUGGAAAAGGUUCAGCCAUAUCAUCUGGUUACCUACGGGAGCUCUCUGCAAACUGGGAAGAACAACACUGGCUUUCAUUGCAGUAGCUGGUAAGAAGACUUCUGGCCCACACCAAAGCCUUUGGAUAACGAAUGUGUGGGCUUCUGUGUUCUUUCUGUGGGAAGACAAGCCAUUGCUCUACAGCUGUGGCAGCCAGCCUGUGAGAAAUGAGGGUUGAAAGCAGCGCAUUUCUUCAGGAGCAGCUGGGUCACCUUCCUGGUGGCAGAACCUGUCUGUGGAGAGUUUCUCCUCAACCUCACAUCUGUCACGGACUCAACAUGAUCAUAGACAAAUCUCUUAACCUCCCUGGGCCUUGAAUUUGUAUCUUAGGAAGAAGUGGUUGAGCUGGCCUUUGACGUUGUAACUUUUUCAAAUUACUCAUCAAAGUUUAAGAUGGUUAAUUUCCUAUGUGCUUUUGACUAAUGUGGGAAUGAACUGGCGUAGAUGUGUGUUUUUCAAGAAAUGUGUUCUUUGGAGGAAGGAGCGCAUGCGUUUUUCAUAGCAUUGGGAACGAAGGGGAUUCUAUCUAAUAACACCGACACUGUUAAAGUGUUUGAAAAGGGGUUGUUGGUGUGAAGUCAGGCCUUAAACUGUGUGCUGAAUGAAGUGGAAUGCUUCCUGAAUCCUCAGAAAUGGUCUGCCAAAGGAUUUAUAACUUUGACAAAAUAACAGAGUAGCUCCACUUUCCAUAAAUGUCUGAAUCAAAUGCUCAGUGCUUUCAUGUGGGUCUCAAAUCUCAAUAUGUCAGGCAAUUCUUCAACAUUUAUUUCUUUUUGAGAACUUCAAAUAUGCCAUGACGGAUCUGAUCCUCCCCCACCCCUCCCAAUGUCUCGGCAAUGUCCACCCCUCCUUUGUCUUUAUUUUAAGUUAAAAAUAGAAUCUUCUCUCAU